UCUCAUCAGUCGUAAGCUUUUUGUUCUCACUCGGAUUCCAUUUCCAGACAGCAAGGACGGACGGAAGGAAGGAGAGAGGGAGACAUUACCAACCGACAACAGCUUAUUAACUACGACAGAGCUUUCCCCACCUUGUAACGAAUCGAAAACCUUGAAACCCCCCCGCGACAAGAGUCGAGAAAUACGUUCUUAACAGUUUUUCAAGAGUUUGUAUUCAAAAACAAACACAAAAUGGAGCCCGAAAGCAAAUACUUGCCCGAGCUGCUGGCGGAGAAAGAUAGUUUGGACUCGUCUUUUACUCACGCGAUGAAACUCAUAUCUGCAGAAAUUGAAAGGAUUCAAAAAGGGGAGCCAAAGAAAGAGGAAGAAGACUCCUAUCUGGACCUUUUUGCACACAAGAACCUCAAACUGAAAGAGAGAGUCCUUAUUCCAGUGAAACUAUACCCAAAGUUUAACUUUGUGGGAAAAAUCCUGGGACCCCAAGGAAACACAAUCAAGAGACUUCAGGAAGAAACUGGAGCAAAGAUUUCAGUUCUUGGGAAAGGAUCAAUGAGGGACAAAGCAAAGGAGGAAGGUCUACGAAAAGGUGGCGAACCGAAAUACGCCCAUUUGAGCAUGGAGCUGCAUGUAUUUCUUGAAGUUUUUGCUCCAGCACCUGAAGCCUAUUCACGCAUGGCCCAUGCGAUGGAGGAGGUGAAGAAGUUCUUGAUUCCUCAGGAAAUGAUGGACGAUAUCUGCCAGGAGCAGUUCAUGGAGAUGAGCUACCUGAAUGGAGGACAGGAGCCUGGCUCCCGAGGGAGAGGAGGGCCCCCUGGGAGGGGUCGUGGAGCUCCACCCCUACAAGCAGCUGGUGGCAGGGGACGUGGCAUGCCACCGCGUGGAGGUGCCCCGCGAGGUGGUCCACCCAGGGGUGGCUCUGUUAGAGGAGGGCCCUCUGGUCGUGGGGGACCCCCAGCCCAAUCCCCCAGGGGAGGGGCUCCAGCAUCCCGGGCUAGGCCUCCUGCUCCAGGUGUGCAGAGAAUGUCUGCCCCUCAUCCACCUGCUCCAGAGCCCUACGAAGAAUAUGCAUAUGAAGAUAGCUAUGCGGAACCAAGUUAUGAGACCUAUGAGAAUUAUUACACCCAACCCCAGGCGGAUACAGAGUAUUAUGACUACGGGCACGGGGAGGCCCAGGAUGCUUACGAACCAUAUGGUCAGGAUGACUGGAAUGGAACAAGAGCAUCCAUGAAGGCGCCCCCAACCAGGCCAGUGAAGGGUGCUUACAGAGAGCAUCCCUAUGGUCGAUACUGAAAGAGGAAAUUUAAAGAGCAGCAAUUUGAAUAAGAGCAUUGCUCACUGAUUUCUUCUGUCUCCUGUGGCCACUGUCGCUUUACCUACAGACAAAAGUAAUUGUCCGUUUGUUUUCUACUCUGUGGACUUAUGUAUGCAUUGAAACGUAUUCAAACAAUCUUAGCAGUUAGGCAACACAGCUAAACUUUUGUUAGUUUUUUUUUUCAUUUAUACACCUUGACAGUUUUGUUAAAUUUAAGUACCCUAUUAAAAAAUAAAUAAAAUGCUUGAAUUAAGAAAUCUAGAUUGAUAAAAUGAAUGAUUUGCUUACGACUGUAGUUUAACAUCCUGUAAGUUUGUGAAGGUUAUGUUUUUUUUUUUUUAAAUUUUUUAGAUUUUAUUUUGUUUUGCUUUUUAAAUGAAUUCGUGCUUAAAAUUGCAGUUGCAGAUUCCCAUUUAGGCUACAUUUCAAAAUUCUGUUUAAUUAAAAAAAAAAAAGUGAAAAAAUAUGUACAAAAACAUAACCAUUAAAUUAAUCAUUUUCUACUUUAAAAGUGAAGUAUAUAAUAUAGGCAACUUGGAUUACCUAAAAGACAAUUGCAAGAAUCUUUUAAAUUUUCCAGCCAAUGCUGUCCUAAGAACUUCAUUUUAAAUAGUUUCUUAAAAGAUGUUAAUUUAAAGUUUAGGAAUCAUAUCUUUUUUGGAUUAAGAGUUUUGAAAUAUAGUCCCAGUAGACCCUGUUGCGAUGUCCUGACUGUUGAGAAAUUGUUACCUCAAUACUUGAACAAGUUAAAGUAACAGAUCACUGCUAAUGGUAAAUCUUCAUACAGCUAUGCAGUUGUCAAAAGUACUGAUUUUGGCGAGAGUUGGAUUAAAAAGCACACAUGUGAAAUCCCUGAAUUUGCAUCAGUCUGAAGGAUUGACACAUCCCCACAGGGUCUACAGAUGCUUACAAAAAAGGGACACUGCAGCUAAACCCCGAAACUAUGUAUAUACUUUAAACUUCAAAUAAGAACUGUAUUUUGCCAUUAAAGUUGUACUUUCUCCAUAAAAUGCAUAAUGUUCCUUGUGUAAGCUUGCCUAAAUAGGUAACUAAAUAUCUGUCCAAAAAUGUUUUUGCAGCAGUUUGUCAAUAAAGUUUAGUCUUUUUUUUUUAUCAAACUAUAAACUUGUUACUUUCUGUUUUUAUCGUAAAAUAAUGUUGUUAAAUAACUUUAAAUAACAAUCAAAGUUAAUGGUUCAUCAAAUCUGAGUUUUUUUUGUUUGUUUUAAAUCUAAAUGCUUUGCAUGUAAUUUUGAAAUCUUUCAUUUUAAUAAGUGUCAACUUAUGAGUAACAGUAAAGGACACUAUCUUUCUCCUUUUUUGUUUAAAACAAAAAAACAAAAACAAAAAAAGGAUCUAGAGGUAAGAACUUCUAUGUCCUCCCUAUAAAAUAAACUCUCAUAGUUACCUUUAACAAAGGUUGUGGCCAAAACAAGGCUUCAAAUGCAGCAAUGCCUGGGUUUGUAUUUAAAACAAAAGCCAACCAUAACUGAAAAUAAACUUGAUUGUCUCCUACCAAAUGAGAAAUAUGUAUUUUGUAGUCUCUGAAAUAACAACUUCAACAACCAUUCAAGUCAGCUUGCAGGGCACUUAUGUCAUUCUUGAUGCAAAGAAACGUGGCUGGUUUUAAUAAAGAAUUAUCGCGGGAGAGAAAGGAUGAGUAAGCCUAAAGUGCAUCACAAAAAAAGGAAGUAAAAUAACUGUACAGAACUAACCUGAAAGCUGGGAUUCCUCCCUCAGACAGGAUUUCUGAGCCUAAAAAAAGACAUCCUGUGAAAUCCCAGCCAAGGAAGAAAGGUGGAUUGAACCUGAAAACAGAUCUUGGGUACUAGACUGUCCUGGAUGUGAAAAUCGAGGAUAUGCACAUGCCAGGAGUGAAGCAAAGAUUUUUUUAAAUAUAUUUAUUUUUUAUUUAAAUUACAGAAAUGCCAGAUAUUACAUUUAGAGGAAUUUGUUACGAUUGUUUCUCGAAGGUAUGAAAGCUGCUUAUUGCAAGAUUUGGGCAGACUAAAGCCAUCUGGAUAGAUUAGAAAGGCUGGGCUAUUAAACCACAACUCUGUUUUUUAAAGUAGGUUUACCCAUGGUGCAGCCCUGUGUCCAAGGUUUAAAUUUGGACUGUGGGUUUUUUAAGUUUUUGUGGCAGUAUUUCUUGAGUGUCUGCUAAAAUAAUAAAAUUAAUGAAUCGUGUUGUAUAUUUGGCAGCCCAAGCAAUGCAUUUUGAAUAAUUUCAAGGGCUGAUCCUUACACUAGCCUAUUAAAGUGACAGCUGUAGUGAGUCCUUAGUGGGUUAAUGUUUUCAUGACCAUUAAAUGAUUUACAGUCUGCUUGCGGUUAUUGUUGUGAAGCAGGAAUGAUCUGCAUUUUCACACAAGAUGUUUUUUGCACAGUAUCUGUGCUUGGGUGGUGUUUGUGCUGCAUCAGCACUGAACCGCCACAGUGAUGAACAAUACAUCAAUACAUAAUCCAUUGUUUGGGCUGUAAUUGUUUUGGAGAACAUGGCAUCUACAUAUAUCCAUGGUUGUUGUGUUGAUGAGUCUUUUAAAUCUUAAACCUGCCAUAAUAAACGAGAGCUGCUCAUUGCUACAGAUUUAAUGAGCAUUAGCUGCCACAGAAGCUACAUUUAAACAAUUGGAAGGUUGCUUCAAACGGUAAUAAGUGCAAAUGUAAUGAAACAUUUGAUAAAUCCCAAAAGCAGUGAACAGAAUUCCAUUAACGUCUAGAACAAGUUUCCUUCAUCCCAGUUAAUGCAAAUGUAAUAUGGACUUCACUGCAUGAGGGGAUAUGCUGAAAUGUAUUAAAAGCAAACUGCACUAAACCUUGCUGUUGUGCAAUGCAAAUUGAGACAAAUUGGAGGCCAGAAGCACUUGUAAUGGUACAUGUGGUUGCUGAACUGCCCUAAAUGCAAAAAUGUAAUGCUUUCAUUGAUUGACCUUUUGGCAUUUUACAACAGAUUCAGUCUGCAACAGUAAGCAUUUUAACAUCAGUGUGUGUGAUAUAUGGGGUGGGGUGCUGAUUCACUUGUAUGUACUGUAAUAUGAUAACUUUUUUCUUAAUUUUUUUUUUAUUCUAAAUAAAUUCUAUAUCAAAUCCA